AUGAGUGCCUUCGAGGAUGACGAAUUCGGCUCAGGCGACGACCUCUUUGACGGGGUCACCGUGGAAGAGCUUGUACAAAAGCCAGCUGUGAAGCAUGAAAGAGACUACUCAAUAGGGGUAGAAGCUCUUAAUCCCAUGAAAAAGGCGCGACACACAUUCGAAAACGCCGAGGACCAGUCGAGGCUUCGUCUUGCUGAAAAGAUCUUGGCCGAUAACUUUGGACACAAGUCUUUCAGACACGAACAAAAGGCAGCCAUCAAUCGAAUCUUGGCCGGCAAGAAUGCUCUUGUCGUCUUUCCAACAGGUGCCGGCAAGUCCCUGUGCUACCAGAUACCUGCAAUUGCAUUCCCCGAGCUCGAUCGCCAAACGAACGAGAGACAUCUCAAUGACUCGGGCAUCAGCAUCGUUGUUUCACCCCUCAUCGCCUUGAUGAAAGACCAAGUCGACGCGCUCAAAAAGAAGGGCAUUGCGGCAGAGUGUAUCGACUCUACCAAGACUCGAGAGGAACUACAAGAGAUCAACGCUUCCCUUCGCGAGGGAAAGCUUCGCCUGUUGUAUUGCGCUCCAGAGCGGCUGAACAACGAAGGAUUUGUCGAGAUGAUGAAGCGUGUCAAGGGUGGCGUCCGUCUCAUUGGUGUUGAUGAAGCCCAUUUUGCUCGAUUCGUCAAGGAGAUCCAUGCCGAGCGGGUCAUUUGUCUAACUGCGACAGCCACGCCUCCUGUUGUUGAUGAUAUCUGCGAGGCAUUCGACAUUUCCAAGGAGGGAGUAUACAUGACGUCCAUGUACCGUCCAAAUCUCAUUCUGGAGGCCAAGGCCAUGGCAACGAAGCAGGACAAAUACGAGCCUCUUUUCGAGUUCUUGAGAACCCACUCAGGUUCUACUCUCAUCUAUGUCACCGUUCAGAGGCAAGCAGAAUCGUUGGCUCAUGAACUUACCAAGAGCGGGUUCCCCUCUCACUUCUUCCAUGCUGGCAUGAAAGUGGACGAAAAGAAGAAGAUUCAGGACGAGUUUAUGGCUUCGAAAAUCCAAAUUGUAGUUGCAACGAUUGCUUUUGGCAUGGGAAUCGACAAGUCAGACAUUCGCAACAUUGUCCACUGGGAUAUCCCAAAUACCGUCGAAGAGUACUGUCAGCAGGUUGGCCGAGCUGGCCGUGAUGGAGAACAGAGCCAUUGCGUGCUCUAUCUUUGCCCCGAAGACUUUUACAUCAAAGAGACAUUUGCGCGAGGAGACUUGCCUUCCCGAAACUCCUUGCACAACCUUCUCACGGAUAUCUUUGAUACCGAGGUUGUUACCAAGCCUAUAGGCGACAUGUUCAAAGCCAGCCAUUACCAUCAAGGGGCAGAAUUCGACAUUCGUCAGAGUCCGCUGAGCGUCAUUUACGCCACUCUGGAACUGAGAUUCAAUCUCAUCCGGGCAGUUACACCGGAGUACAGCUCGUACAAGUUUGAGGCGACACCCAGUUACUUUCCCCGUCUGAAGAACGACAAGUCUCCCGAAGCCAAGGCCAUACUCGAAAACGCACGAAAGGCGAAGAAAUAUCACACCAUUGACCCGUCUGAAGCGGCUUCACUCACAGGAACAUCUCGCAUGCAAAUCGUCAAAAUUCUCAACGAUCUCAACGACUCUGGCGUCAUCAUACUCACUGUGGGCGGAGUGGAACAAAAGUACAAGAUCCUGAAGGAGCUCCCAAGCAUUGAUGCCGAGAUCGAUGCUCUCACAGACGAGGUGUACGCAAGUCUGCAGCUGCGUGAAAAGCAAGCGCUGGAAAGAAUCCAGCAGGUGAUCAAAUUCAUCACUGGGCGAAAGUGCUUUGGUCUUUCGAUUGCUGAGCAUUUCGGGAUGAGUCUCCCUGAGGGCAAGAAGAAGUGCGGACACUGCACAUUCUGUCUCAGCGGCAAGGCUAUUGAACUGCCCCCAUCACCGCCCAAGACUUUGAACCGAACAGCAAUUCGAGAAGUGCUUAAUGCGACCGACGUCCGAGAUGAUGCGCGGUUCCUCGCGAGAGUUGCUUUUGGCAUCAAGAGCCCACGGGUGACCAAACUGAAGUUGGACAGGAACCAUGUGUUUUCGUCGAUGGCGGAUUCUAAUUUCGAGAUGAUACUGAAAGAGUUCGAAAAGGCGUGUGAUGAGUGA